AUGGAGCGGUACCGCAUCAGUGCCGAUGAACUGAUCGUGAUUGGCGACACUUAUCAGGACCUGAAAGCAGCGGUGAUUGUGGGCGGUCAUGCCAUCUUGCUCAGCGCCGACCAAGUGGAGCUGCCAAAGAAAUACCAGUCGGUCGAGUUGCUGCCGGAUCUGGCGGGCGCGGUCGACCAGAUUCUGUCUUUGUUGUUUCGGCUGCGAGCCUGGCUGUUCGUUAUUGUGGUCGGCGCGUCGGUGAUUGUGAUUGGCACGGUGGCAACGCUGCUGUUUUGGUUACCCCUGCGCGGCGUGUGGAACCUGGUCACCGCCUGGGCUCACUUUUUCCUCUUCUGCUGUCGCUGGAUCGCCGGCGUCAACAUUCGGGUCACUGGGCUGGAGAACAUCACCAAUUCAGCCUCCGUCUAUUUCUCAAAACAUCAAUCGACAUGGGAAACACUGGCGUUUCAGACGCUGUUUCCGCACUACGUCUGGAUCGUGAAACAAGAAGCGCGCAAGAUUCCUUUUUUUGGCUGGGGACUCAACUCACUACGGCCGAUAUGGAUUAACCGCAAAUCGGGGCAUUCGGCGAUAGAGCAAAUCUGCCAGCAAGGACGUGAACGGCUCGCGCAGGGAAUUGGCAUUUUGAUUUUCCCGGAAGGCACCCGGGUUUGGGCCGGUGAGAAACGACGCUUCAAAAAAGGCGGCGCGGUCCUGGCCAAGCGGACCGGCGCGCCGGUUGUGCCCAUCGCCCACAACGCCGGGCUGUUUUGGCCACCCAAGACCCUGUUUUUUUCCCGCAACGGCACUAUCGAUAUCACCAUCGGGCAGGCGAUCGACCCUACUGAACUCAGCGAGGAGCAGAUCACGGAGCGAGCUGAAACCUGGAUUAAUAAGACAGUCGCUGAGCUGGAGGCGAUGGUGCCCGAAAUAAGCUAG